UCCUCACUUCAUGUUGGUGUGAGGUACCAUGCAGACCCAAGCACAAGGAUAGAAGCUGCCUGGGCCCAGCUCCCCAUCCAUAUCCCUCCGACUCCAAAACCUCCACCCAUUGGCCAGCCUUCUUCCUUGCUGCAAAACAAGAUCAGACAACCUGCAGGGAAGCUGCCGUGGAAUAUUAACAACCAGCACCUUGGAAAAGCAGAGGAAGCAAGAGGCAGCAAUCAUGAAGGAAACUCAUGGAAACGAAGUAGAUGGUAUGGACCUGGGCAAAAAGCUCAGCAUCCCCAGAGACAUCAUGCUGGAAGAACUGUCAGUGCUCAGUAAUCGAGGGGCCAGAUUGUUCAAGAGGCGCCAGAGGAGAUCAGAGAAGUACACAUUUGAAAACUUCCAUUGUGAAUCCAAAGCAGAAAUGAACUACAGGAUCGCCAUGCAGAAUGGAACUCUGGAUGGCAGCAGCAUGGAAGGGGGCUCCCAGCGUGGCCCGCUGACCCCUCCUAACACACCAGACCCCCGGAGUCCACCCAACCCAGAAAACAUCGCACCAGGAUACUCUGGACCGCUGAAGGAAAUUCCUCCUGAGAGAUUCAACACCACAGCUGUCCCUAAGUACUACCAGUCUCCUUGGGAGCAGGCCAUCAGCAAUGAACCAGAGCUGUUGGAGGCUUUUUACCCCAAAUUCUUUAAGCCUGAAGAAAAGGCAGAACUCCCAGACUUCCGAAGUUUUAACAGAGUUGCCACACCAUUUGGAGGGUUUGAGAAAGCUUCCAAAAUGGUCAAAUUCAAAGUUCCCGAUUUUGACCUGCUCCUGCUAACAGAUCCCAGGUUCGUGGCUUUUGCCAACCCUCUUUCCAGCCGUCGGUCCUUCAAUAGAACUCCGAAAGGGUGGAUAUCAGAGAAUGUUCCCAUAGUGAUCACGCCAGUGCCAGUAGAGGAGAAUAUGGUGCCAGAAACAGAUGACCUGUAAGAAGAAGCAAAAGCUCUAAAGCACCAUCCCCUACAACUUACCAUCUUACCAGGAUGCUUAACAACAGAUGCUCCUUGUUUGCCUUAGAAUCGAAUUGGUAACCAUUUAAACUGCAAUACUCCAAAUUUUGUUUCAUUUACACAUAGAAUAUUAAUAAAAUCAUUAAG